AUGGAUGCUUUUAAACUAUCAAAUUAUGGUAAUGUGUAAUAUUAUGGACCAAUUCAAAUUGGAACACCAAAUUAGUAAUUAACUGUAAUAUUUGAUACAGGAUCACCAUAUCUUUGGGUUCCUAGUGAUAAUUGUUCAAUUUUCAAGUGUCACUACAGCAAAAGAUUUUAAACUUCAGAAUCAUCGACAUACAAAAACUAAUCAAAACCAGGUCAAGUUGAAUAUGCAUCAGGAGGUUGCAAAGGUUUUUGGGGUUCAGAUUAUGUUUAAUUAUUGGGAGAUAAUAACACAAGAGUAUAAACAAAUAUUUUAUUCACAUACCAAGAUUCUGGAUUUGAAGCAGUAUAAUCAGAUGGUUUAUUGGGUUUAAGUAAUGAUAAAGAUAUUGCCAAUAUAUUUGAUUUAGCAUAUAAAUAAGGUUAAAUAAAAUCGAACCUUUUUGCUAUGGAAUUGAAAAGUAAAAAUGAUUAAUCACUAUUUUAUUAUGAUGAUAUUCCGAACGAAAUUAUGAAUAAUGUGGAAUGGAUUAGAGUUUUGAGAAAUGACUAUUGGGUAUUAAAUUUAAUUAGAAUAGACAGUAAAGGUCUUAAAUAUUUAGUUAAAUGAAAACUUUAUGUCAACAGGAAAAUUAAAAGAAGCAUUAAUUGAUUCAGGAACUUCUCUUUUGUACUUACCUGAGAAUGUUGUAAUAUCAAUUUAUUAAGAAUUAAUUUUAAAUAAUUGCAGGUUAUUAGAUGGAAAUGUGUUUUGUCCUUGCUUAAUUCCUAGAAAUUAGGUUGACAAAUAUCCAAAAAUAAAAUUUUAUUUGGAAGGAAUUUAUUUAGAAUUAGAUAUAAAUGAUUAUAUGCUACUAGAUUUUUAAUAUUAAGGAUUAUGUUAUAUAGGAAUUGAAAUAGAAUCUUAAAUGAAUCUUAUGAUAUUAGGUGAUAUUGUUAUGAGAAAAUAUGUCAUAGUUUUUGAUAAACAGAGUAAUAUUAUUGGAUUUAAGGGGUAUUUUAAUAAUGUAUAUAAUUAGAGUUUAGAAAUUGAAUAAUAUUAAAACAACUAGCAUCUUUUGGAUUGAAAUAAUUGGAUUUGGAGGCAUAAUCAUAAGUUGUAUAUUAUUAUAGAUGAAGUUAAUAAAGUUAUGA